GAACUUGUUUGAAGAGUUGUUGUUCUUAAUUCUUUUCUGUGCAUACCAGCUGUUUGUUUCAUUGUUUUUCCUGAGUUGGAGUGCAUAAAUGUUUAUUAUUGGUGUUAAGGUGUCAUUAUAGGAUCUUGAUAUUGUGUAGGAAUUAUUUUUGGGUGUUCAAGGUGUCAUUACGGCUGAGAGUUGUCUUGACAACACCAAGAUUGAUUUUUCUUCUUCUUUGUGUUGUUUAGAUUGUUUUGGAACUGUUCAUUUUCUGUGCAUAAUUUGGGUAUGAGAUUGUGAAGUAGAUAUUUAUUUCUUUUUUGGGUUUGUUCAAUUUGGUUCAAUUACUUUGGUUUGAUGUGUUUUGUGUUUUGAGUUUUGAAGAUUUAACAUAUAAUUCAAUAAUAAAACGAUAAAAAUAUGUGUUUUGAGUUCUGGAAGUUACGUGUUGCUAAAGGACAGCCUACACCUUCUGUAGCUUCUCAGAAUUCUGUUAACAAGAAUGUUCCACCGGCUUCAGAAUGGAAUCAUUCUCCACAUCCACUGCUCAGCAACCCAUUGGAUCAUCAAAUACAUUUGAAAGAUCUGUUGCAGAGACAACAUAUGAAGUUACCCCACUGGACGAUGAAGGUGAAAUCAAAUCUGUUUAUGUGAGAAACUUGCCGGCUACUGUAUCUCCUUUCAAAAUUGAAGAGGAAUUUAAAAAAUUUGGUAAACUAAAGCAACCUGAGGGCGUGGUCAUUAGGAGUUGCAAGGAUGUUGGUGUUUGUUAUGCAUUUGUCGAGUUUCAAGACAUUACCGGUGUUCAAAAUGCAGUCCAAGUUUUCCUUACUAUUAUUAUUUAAUUUAAAACCCAAUACUAUGUGUUUGUUUAUCAAACUUGAAU